CCAUACAUCGAAAACCUUUCUCUCUCUCUUCUCUGCACCAUGCCGCGUGUGACAGGGACGGUGCUCAAGGUGAUGUACGCGGGUGGUCCGAUGUACCCGGCGUGUACGGCGUGCCGACGGAAGACGGUGGUGACGACGACGGGAGGGUCUGGAGGCACUCCACGGGCAGACUGCCGCCGCUGUAGAAGGCGCGGGUGUCCUGUGUGGUAUCGCUACCGCCUGGCCUUUGCCGUCACCGACGGAGCCUCACCCCAGCCGAGGACGCUGGUGGUCUUUGGCGACUCGCUCAACGCCUGCUUUGGCGCCUCGGCAGAGACCUUUGCCCGCGCUGCCGCAGGCUACGCCCCGGACCUUGUCCGCACCGCCGUCGAGACCUUCUUUGUGGGCAAGCUCUUCCAGUUUGUGAUUCCCGCCCCACGGACGGGAGCCUCCGCUGCUCAGACAGGCGCCACGAGGACCACUGCUGGUGGAAGCGGCAAAGUCAUCGCCCUGCCCGGCGGCCGCUUUGCCGCCGUCGCCCGUGCUGCGGCGCGGGUUCCCGACGGUAUGGCCACCUUUGAUAGCCUCGGACUGUCCACAACCGAGGACACGGUUGUCCGGAUGGGCCCGCCUCUCACCGGUGCGUACUCGAUGGCGAUUGUGGCGCUCCUACAGGCCUGUGCCGAUGCUCUGCAGGCGUCGCCGCCGAGCGUGGCGCGCAUCACCUCGCCGCGCAAGCCGACGUCACCGUAUGCCGCCGCAUACUCGCCACAGCUCUCCAACACACUGCAGGCCUCUGUUUCGCGACUCUCAGCCUCACUGGGCAUGUCGAUGACCCAGAGCGGGGCGUUAUGCUUGCCGACGACGCCGACUGCAACCGCAGCGCUGAGCGCAAGUGGCAUGUCGCUCGCCACGCCACUCGCCCUCACCCCGUUCACCGCGGCGCUGAUCAAGGCCGCGGACGCGGCGGGCCCCAGCAGUCCAUCAAGCGACUCGCCGUCGCACCGUCCACGACGAGCGCCGUCGCGAGCACCGGCAAUGCCAACGCCAACGCCCAAUCUGCUGAGGACGUUCGCUCAGUUUGAGACGCCGCGCGAAGAGACGCCACUGCCGGGCCUGUUGGGCAAGGUACGCAAGAAGCAGCGGCUCAGCAGCUCACCGUCGGCGCCGCACUCUGCGCGUGCCGCGUACACACUCGCGUCGCCGUUUGUUCCACGGACAGCCUCAUUUACGAUUGCGGCUUCACCGUCGGUCUUUGUUCCCGAGUCGCCGCCUACGACGAGGCCGGCCAAAAAGCUGCUGCGGCCGCAGGUUCCCGUUCCCGAGGUGGAUGAUCUCGUCGUUUGACUCGCCGACGUCGCACAACCGGAG